AUGGCCGACAAAGGUGGCUUGUUGGCAAGAUCGGAAUUUCCACUUUACGUUGUUAAAGCCUUAGACGAAAGACAUUUCCUUGUAGCUGGUGGUGGCGGUGCCGCAAAAACUGGUAUCGCUAAUGCAAUCGAGAUAUAUGAAGUCAAGAUUCAAGAUGGAAAACUUCAAGCAGUCAGUAUCUGUCGACAUGACACAGGAUCACAGGCGAUUAUGAAUGGCACUAACGUCUAUGAUGGAAGAAACCAUCACUUCGCGGCAGGACUGGAUGAUGAAUGUCAUGUUUACUCACUGAAAUACAAAGUUGUUUCUCCUAAAAAGAAGACAUCAGACGAUGGAAAUUUACGGCAAAGAAAAAAAGGAGAUUCCAACCCUGAUAACACCCCAAACAGCACUGGAAAGAAGAUCAUGUUUGAAAUAGAUAAAGUCAAAAGUACUAAAACAGACUUCAAUAAAGACAGCAGUUUUCAGAAGGUUGCUCAAAUCAGUCCAAAUCGAAGCUUUAUUGCUACAGGAGGAACCGAUGGUUAUCUCAGGGUGUGGAAAUUUCCAGGAUUGGAAAAAUCAUUUGAAGUUCAUGGCCACAAAAAUGAUAUAGAUGAUAUUGAUAUAAGUCCACCAGGUGACAAGAUUGUGACAGUGUCUCGAGACCAUUGUGCCUGUGUGUGGAACUCUAAAGACGGUAGCAAGAUCACUGAUCUCAAGUGGCCACUACAAUCAGAUGAGCAUAGAUAUAGGUGUUGUAGAUAUGGUCUGAUAGAGGGAAAGAAGGACAAAUAUAACCUAUACACCAUUAGUAUACCUACCAAAAGGUCUGCUCAAAAACCACUGCCUUGUUUUGUAACUAUGUGGAAUAGUGAGAAAUUUACUCCCAAACUUAUGGUCAAUGCUGGUACAGAAGUCCUGUCAAGUCUAGCAUUGAGUGAUGAUGGUGUGUACCUGGCAGUUGGAACUAUAUCAGGAAGUGUUGCAGUGUACAUAUCUUUCAGUCUACAGAAACUGUAUUAUAAGAAAGAGGCCCACAGUAUAUUUGUGACAGGAAUUGAAUUCAUGCCAAGUUCUGAGGGAACACGUGAAGUGACAGGAAACCAGGACUUUACAUUAUUAAGUAUCUCAGCUGAUAAUACUAUCCGCAUGCAUCAAGUAGCUGCAAGAAAUUCCUACAGUGUACUACUGAUUGUGUUUGGUGCUUUACUGAUUGUACUGAUGCUGUUUGUGAUGCUCGGCGAAUACGGAAUCUGAGGAUAAACAAUAUUCAUAACUUCCUAGAAAAUCCUGACUGAGGAUUAUUGGCAGCUAGAGUCUUGUCACCAGCUGGUCAUAGAUCAGUACAGUAUUCCUGUAUCUGCUGGAAUCCACCAGGGUUUUUUUGAUGCUGUAACAUAAGGCUUUGGAUCAGUACAGUGUUCCUGUAUCUCUGCUGGAAUCCACCAGGGUUUUACUGAUGCUGUAACCACAUGGUCAAUGGAUCAGUACAGUGUUCCUGUAUCUCUGCUGGAAUCCACCAGGGUUUUACUGAUGCUGUAACCAUGUGGUCAAUGGAUCAGUACAGUGUUCCUGUAUCUCUGCUGGAAUCACCAGGGUUUUACUGAUGCUGUAAAGGUCACUGAUCAGUACAGUGUUCCUGUAUCUGCUGGAAUCCAUCAGGAUUUUACUAAUGUUACAACCACAAGGCCAUGGAUCAGUUCAGUCUACCUUUAUCUGCUGGAAUCAUCAGGGUUUACUGGUAUUGGUCUCUGUUUUGGCUUAAACCAUAUUUUUAAGCAAUUUGGUUAGGAUGAUUUUUAUUGUGAUCAGUUCAGGAAAUAUUUAAUGAAAUUUAGUGAAAGCAGAAGGUAUUUUAUGUUAUUGGUGAGGUGAUAUGUAAUAGAAUACAAAGUGUAAAUAGGUGAUGGAAAGUGAUUAGUGUUCACAAACUCUCAAUUAUUUCAGUAAUGUACUGCCUUUACAACAGGAAAACCUGUACACUGAAAAUCUAGCAACAAAAAUGUGCAAUAUGUUGUGUCAGAAAUGGUGUGUUCAAUCAACCCAAAGUUUUCAUUCCAUUGUGUCCGAGUGUGACCUUAGUGAUAUAUAAGGUUGUGAAACAUAACCUGAUUUUUCACGUAACAUUUCAGUGCAUAUUUUUAUCAAUCAAUAAGUGACAACCUACCUGAGUUUGUAAAACCUUGCUGAUUUGUCAUGAUUGCUCCUUCCAUUGUUUUUCAUUGUUAGACAUACUUGUAACAAAAAAUGUUGAAACUAUUGGUUCACUAGGGAUUACUUUACCAAGGCUACUGUUUUUUCUAUAGUAUUUCAUUACUGAGGAAAUAACAUUGCAAAUACUAAUUGAAAGAAGUUAAUUUUUGUAAUGUAAAUUUGGAGGCAGUAGCUGACGAGACAUAAGUGUGAGUAGAAUCGUAGAUGAUGCUGUUAUUCAGCAUUAUAUUUGUAUCAGUGUGAAAGUUUAGAAAGAUAUGAUGAUGCAUGUAAUUUGUUGAAAUUGUAUUAAUGUAAAGUAGAUUGAUUUUAUUCCUGAAUCAAUGAUUAUGUGAUGUUGAUUCACACAUUUUUGCAUCCAUCAUAAAGAUUACUGUAGAAACACUGUAAAAAUAUCUAUACAGAGAUUAAUAUAGUUAUUUACCACAGUAAAAAGAAAUGGUUGAGGGAAUUUAAUUCCAAGAAAAUAAUACUCUUUUAACAUGACAUUUAUUGUAAAGUAAAUGACAUAGCCUAUAAGUUAGAACUGAGUUGAUAUAAUGUUCAAUAUUGACCCUUGCAAAUUUCCUGAAGUUAAAGAAUGUUUUUCAGUCUGAGGCCUGGUUUCAGGAGUUGUAUGGGCUGUAACAGUGACCUUGAUUUAAUGAAGGGCCUUGUGACUCUUAGAAAGUCUGGUGCAUUAAUAGGAGUAAUAUGUGUGUCAAAAGAUAGGCCUGGGCAAAUGGGGCCUGACAUAAAGCAAGGGUUAUGUGGACUGUCAGAUGGGCCUGGUCCUAUACUAGGGGUGGGGUGGACUGUCAGGUGGGCCUGGUCCUAAACUAGGGGUUGGGUGGACUGUCAGGUGGGCCUUGUCCUAUACUAGGGGUUGGGUGGACUGUCAGAUGGGCCUGGUCCUAUACUAGGGGUUGGGUGGACUGUCAGAUGGGCCUUGUCCUAUACAAGGGGUUGGGUGGACUGUCAGGUGGGCCUGGUCCUAUACUAGGGGUUGGGUGGACUGUCAGAGAGGGAUAGGGAAUGUCUUAGCAGAAGCAUCCACAAGAUUUGGCCUGGAAAAUCAAACAUAACACCUGCAAAAUGUGUACACUUUCAGAACAUGCACACACAAAUUUGAUUGUAUGAAUUAUUGAUCUUUACAUUGUUCUUUACUUUGUACCUUUUUAUUCAUGAUUGCCAAACAGUAAUAUUGACCCAGCCAUUUAAUUAGAUAUAUGUUGUGUUCACAUUGUGGUAUAGUGCUUUUGUCAGUAAACCUCUGUUAGAUGUCCAGAGUUUUCUGACCACUUUUCAUUCUAGAAGUACCACAUUUAAAUUGUCACUCACUUAAAGAAGAGAUGUUAUCGAGCUUUUCAACAAAUGAAGUUUUUUUUUUUAAACUCUGACUUUUCUUUGAACACUUAAAAGUGUCAAAUUUCACAUCACUACCAAGAAGUUGUGUUGAGCUUGAAUUUCACAGAAAAUGUAAGUGCUAGUUUGUGUAUAGUUAUUAACAUAUGUGCAAAUUGGGGCAAAAUUUGGAUUGUUUUCAUACUAAUUUUAGAUGAAAAUCAUGAAAUUUUUGUGGAUUUUGUGAAUAAGAAAGAAUCUCUUUACAAAAAAGCGCAAUUUGACUCAAAUUUUUUUGUCAGCUUGAAUGAAGUGUGAAUAAGAAACAUUUUGGGUAAAAAUAAAUCCCAUGAAACAGUAAAUUUUUAGAUUUAGCUGUCAAUAUUUCUUUCAGUUAUUUUUAGAAUUACAUUACCUUCAGUAAGUACUGUAUUUCAACACUUUAAAACAGGAUUUUAAGUAAUUUGAUCCAUACUUAGUCUACUUUUAUCCCUUCGAGGUAACCAUGGAGGGGAUAAAACGUUCUGGUAUGUACAUACAUAUAUGUCCACUUUCUGUCAUCACUCUAGCAAUUUCAUUUCUCAAGCAAUUUUAAUCAAACUUCACAUAUUGGUCAAGUAUCAUAAUAUCUUUAAUAAGUUGGUGCUUCAGCAUGCCAGGGUUUACAUAAUGGUUACCGUAUCUAUUUUAAGAAAAUCUUAAAUGUGACACAAUUUCAGUAUAAAUGGGAGCGAGGGGAUUUGUAUUGUUUCAACUGCCUUGUUUUAUUUGGUGGAGAAGAAAGAAAUAUUUAAUUAAAAGUAAGUCAAAUGACAUUAUGAGUGAACUCCAUUCAUUGUAAACGUGGAUAUGUUGGAUCUCAUUGAGAAAUUAAAGUUUAAGAAGUGGCCUCUCUGCUUGGUCAAUCUCUAAGUAUUAGAGAACUUUCUGUAUGUGCCAUGCCGAGAAAAAUGUCAUGAUCUCUAUUUGAAAGGGAAGAAUUGUAAAGUUCUUACAUCUAAAAGCUUUAUAUGAUAUAACUUAAGGAAACUUUACGCACGCCCACGUUUUUGUAUUUGUAUUCCAUGAUUGUAACUUAUUCCAUAGAUGUUAUAUAAUUUUAUAUUAUGUGUACCUAGCUAUCAUUUUUUCAUUAGAAAAAUUUCCUUUGCUGGUCAGAGUUAAUAUUUUACCUUAUUGGUGCGAAAAUGAACACAAAAAUUUGACUUGAUUAGAAAUUGUAUCUACGAUUUGUCUUUUAAAAGUUGUUGCCACUUUAUUAUGUAUUUUCCAUGUACUUGUUAUUAAAUCUGACCUAAAGAUAAAACUAUCAUAAAAAGUUAAGACAAUUCUGAUGUUUUAAAACAACAAUAUAAAGAUAAAUUCAAUUGGUUUAAAUUCUAGAAACUAAAGAUGCAUGUUUUUUUAAAGAUAUGUUGAAGAAUUAAAGGUUAUCUGGAUAGACAUUUUACGUACGAUUUACACAGCAGGAUCUAUGGUAUUUUGUUGCAGGUAUUUAUUUCUGUACAAAGUUGUACCAAAGCACUAUUUCGUAUUACUGUUUCAAUAUUAGUACAGAUAAUUCUAUAUAAAAUAUGAUUUGUACAUGUAAGUAUGAUUUCACUGGAAACAUUUGAAAACAUGUUUGAACUGAGCUGGAAUGAAAGUACUGUGGUAUAUAAAAAUUAGGGUGAAAUGUAACACUAAGUACAUUGUAGUAGGUUACUGAAGCUAAAGACAAAAACCUGAAAUGUCCUGGGAUGAUAACGAUCACAUGUUGAGCAUUAUUUUCAAUGAAGAUUUCAAAUGUUAUUCAUGUAGUUCAUGAAAAAAUAGCAAUGAUCCCCAUGAUAUUGAUAGAAUGUGUUAAGAAUAACUUUUAACAGAUCCAGAAUAUUGUAAAUAGGACAUUAAAAAAUUAUUUUUCAGCUUUACUUAGAAACCCUGUAUGUAUGCUUGAAUGUACAGAAUAUUUGGAAAUUAAUCAUCAUAUUAGGUAAUUGAGCAGUGCAUUUGAUGAGUGAGCUGUGUAUUUGACUAUUGAGCAGUGCAUUUGAUGAGUGAGCUGUGUAUUUGGUGAUUGAGCAGUGUGUUUGAUGAGUGAGCUGUGUAUUUGGUGAUUGAGCAGUGUGUUUGAUGAUUGAGCUGUGUAUUUGGUGAUUUAGCAAUGUGUUUGAUGAUUGAGCUGUGUAUUUGACUAUUGAGCAGUGCAUUUGAUGAGUGAGCUGUGUAUUUGGUGAUUGAGUAGUGCAUUUGAUGAGUGAGCUGUGUAUUUGGUGAUUGAGCAGUGUGUUUAAUGAGUGAGCUGUGUAUUUGGUGAUUGAGCAGUGCAAUAGAUGAUUGAGCUGUAUAUUUGGUGAUUGAGGUGUAUAUUUGGUGACUAAACUGUAUAUCUUGUGACAGAGUAGAAUGUAUUCUGUGAUUAAGCUGUGUAUUUGGUGACUAAAUAGUGCAUUUUGGUUACUGAGAAGAGUGGAACAGUGUAUUUGUUGACUGAACGGUUUGUUUUUGGUGAUAGAGCAAUGUAUUUAAUGAUUGAGCAUUAAUGAUUGAGCAGUAUAUUUGGUGAUUGAGCAUUAAUGAUUGAGCAGUAUAUUUGGUGAUUGAACAGUGUGUUUGUUGUCUCAUCAGUGUACAUGUAUUUGUUGUCAGUGGAUGAACCAUGCCAGAAUUUUUGUUUUUCGUAAUUUAGUAGUGUAUCAGGUGACUGAACAAGUUAUCUUUCUGACUGAACAGUGUAUUUUAAGAAAUAAGCAGUGUAUUUGUUGACUGAACAGUGUAUUUGUUAACUGAACAGUGUAUUUUGAUGAUUGAGCAGUGUAUUUUAAUGAAUGGGCAGUGAAUUAGGUUGCUCAACUGUGUAUGAGGUGACUGAACAGUGUAUUUGGUGACUGAACAGUGUAUGAGGUGACUCGACAGUGUAUGAGGUGACUGAACAGUGUAUUUGGUGACUCAACAGUGUAUGAAGUGACUGAACAGUGUAUGAGGUGACUGAACAGUGUAUGAGGUGACUGAACAGUGUAUGAGGUGACUGAACAGUGUAUGAGGUGACUCAACAGUGUAUGAGGUGACUGAACAGUGUAUUAGGUGACUGAACAGUGUAUGAGGUGACUGAACAGUGUAUGAGGUGACUCAACAGUGUAUGAGGUGACUGAACAGUGUAUUUGGUGACUCAACAGUGUAUUAGGUGACUGAACAGUGUAUGAGGUGACUGAACAGUGUAUGAGGUGACUGAACAGUGUAUGAGGUGACUGAACAGUGUAUUUGGUGACUCAACAGUGUAUUUGGUGACUCAACAGUGUAUUAGGUGACUGAACAGUGUAUGAGGUGACUCAACAGUGUAUGAGGUGACUGAACAGUGUAUUUGGUGACUCAACAGUGUAUUUGGUGACUCAACAGUGUAUUAGGUGACUGAACAGUGUAUGAGGUGACUCAACAGUGUAUGAGGUGACUGAACAGUGUAUUUGGUGACUCAACAGUGUAUUUGGUGACUCAACAGUGUAUUAGGUGACUGAACAGUGUAUUUAUUGUAGGGUAAUGUCCUGGAUUGAUCUAGAAAGUGAAAUUUUAGGGAUGAUAACUUUGUUGUGUAUUUGUAGUGUUUGUUGUGCGACUGUGAUACCAGUUUUAGGGAUUAUAGUAUUUUUACUUUUAUAUAUUAUUUAUUGAUAAUAUCAUGCUAUUAAUUAUCUGUGGUGUUGAUGUAAGAUGCUAUAAAACUGGGUAGCUUUAUCAGCAGGAAUCCUUAGAUAUGAUUCAAACUAUUAUAAUACUUUCACCUUUAUGAGAAUGUUGUCUAAUAAUUCAAUUUUUCAAUAAAUGUGAUGACAGAUUACAGAAUGGUGAUGUAAAUUUGAAAUCUGAUUUGAUUUAAAAGAAGGUAAAAAUGUAGAGCUGUGAUCCAUGUUAAUCCUGUCCAGUUUUAUAGUACCUUGUACAUCCUUUAUAACUGUGUAAUUGAUGUUACAGAUCAUGUACGAUAUGUGAUGUGGGUAUAAAUCAGUAUCAUACACAAA